AUGGUAGCGUCUACCAGAUUAUGCAGGAAAAUGUCGCCGAGGUGUUUCAUCAUAACCGCGAUCGGCCUGACGGUGAUCCUCUGCGUGUACUACACGAGCUACGUGUCGGACAUCAAUCAGAAAGCCGGCCAGCAAUCGGGCGAGGUGGCCGACACCGCCGGGCAGGUCCAGCGGUUCUUCAGGCAAGCGGCGAAGGAAAGCUCGAGGAAAACGGAGCGGGCAAUCGGCCAGGGCACCUGCCCGAAAUUGACCGCCUCGGAGGCCGACGUGAACACCUUCGAGGUGUUCAAAGACUUCGAGUUCCAGCCUGCGUGGAUGAAAAGCAAGGAAUAUUGGGAUAAAACGUUCGAGGAUCGAUACGAACGGCAAAAAAUGGAUCCCGAAAGGCCACAUCUCAAGGUGAUCAUCGUUCCCCAUUCGCACAACGAUCCGGGCUGGUUGAAAACGUUCGAGCACUAUUUCCACUCGACCUCGCGCCAAAUCAUGAACAACAUGGUGUCGAAGUUGCAGCAAAAUAAGAAUUUCACGUUCAUGUGGUCGGAAAUAUCGUUCCUGAACGCCUGGUGGGAGGAGGCGCAUCCCAGCAAGCAGCGCGCCCUCAGGGAGCUGGUGCAAUCCGGCCGAUUGGAAAUUACCACCGGCGGUUGGGUGAUGACGGACGAGGCCAAUGUGCACUUGUUCGCGAUGGUCAAUCAGCUCAUCGAAGGUCACCAAUGGGUCUGGUCCAAUCUCGGUAUUAAGCCACAAACUGGCUGGUCUAUAGAUCCCUUCGGUCACGGUAAUACAGUACCUUAUAUACUAGCAGCUUCUGGGUUGAAGGGUACUGUAAUUCAAAGGAUUCACUACGCUUGGAAGCAAUGGUUGGCUAUGAAGCAGUAUGGUGAUUUCAAAUGGAUACCCGGUUGGUCUCCUGCUGAUUCAACGGGGACGAUUUUAACGCACAACCAGCCUUUCGAUAUUUAUUCCAUCAAGCACAGCUGCGGGCCGCACCCUUACAUUUGCCUAAAUUUCGAUUUUAGAAAGAUUCAAGGCGAAUAUACCGAGUAUUCGCUAAAAGCGGUACCGAUAACUAACAAGAACAUAAAGGAAAAGGCCGAGCUGUUGCUGGAACAGUACGCCCGAACGGGCUCCCUAUUUACACACAAUACUGUCCUGAUGCCUCUGGGAGACGAUUUCAGAUACAAUGUUAAAGAGGAGUGGGAUCAGCAGUACACGAAUUACAUGAAACUCAUUAAUUACAUAAACGGGCACAGCGAAAAAUAUAAAGCAGAGAUUACUUUCGGUACCCCUGCUAUGUACUUUGAAGAAAUUACAAAGAGAAAUGCACAAUUUCCAACGUUAAAAGGAGACUUCUUCGUCUACUCGGACAUAUUCGCGGAAGGUAGACCGGCGUAUUGGUCGGGUUAUUACACCACCAGACCCUUCAUGAAGCUCUUAGACCGCGAGCUGGAAAACAGCUUGCGAGCCGCCGAAAUUAUCUACACCUUCGCCCUGAACAAAGCGAAGCAAAACAAAUUAAACACCGACUCCAAAUUGCUCGAACGAGAUUUCGAAAAGUUGAUCCGAGCUAGAAGAAACUUAGCUCUAUUCCAACACCACGACGCCAUCACGGGCACGAGUAAAUCGUUCGUUAUGCGAGACUACGGGCUGAAGUUGUUCGAAGGCGUCAGGGACACGGUGAACAUCCAGCAGAACGCGCUGCAGAGCCUGCUCUUCCCGGGCGUCCCGGCCAUCCCGGACCACAAUCUCAUCCUGAGCGAUUUGGAGCGAGACUCCUUCGAAAAGCAACCGAGGAAGACCCCGAUUCAAAUCUCCUCGAGCGGCGUCAAUCGCUAUAGAAAAAUUCUAAUCUACAACUCGCUGGCUAUCCCGCACGAGCAACUUAUACAAGUGAGAGUUAAUACUAGCAACGUUAGAGUAACGGAUCACGAAGACAAGCCGGUGCUGUACCAAAUCAAUCCGGUGUGGGACGUGUCCGAAUACACCACUCUUUAUUUGUCUGCGGACGAGUACGAAGUGGCCUUUAUCGCAAAACUCCCGGAGUUAUCGGUGGCGACUUUCAAUUUGAUGUACGAUGAUUCCUCGCAGGGAAAACUGGCCACUAUUUAUUGCAAGAACUGCCGCAAAUCGACCACUAUAAUUAGCAACGAGAACAACGCGGCAGGGGAGGUUGUAAAAUCCAAGUUCGAUAUUAAAGAUAUACCGCAAGGGGAUAUCCAGCUGGAAAGUAGCAAGAUGAAAGUUUUAUUUAGCGGUAGUACUGGGUUUAUGAAGAGUAUUACGAGGAAGCACAAUCCGAAAAUUAUGCAAUGCGGUAUUCAAUUUGCUGCGUACAGGAGCGCUCAAUUCCACUCCGGUGCUUACUUGUUCAUGCCAGAUCCCAACGAAAGAGAAUACGAAAAGGACGUUCUAAUCCAAUACAAAGACCAGAAAAGCAUCGUUAUCAGCACAGGUUUAUUAUCCACGGAAAUAUCCGUUAUAUACGGCCCGUUUUUAGUCCACACCGUCACGGUGUUUCUCGAUGAAAACUCGACGUUGUCUAAUGGGAUUUUCAUCGAGAACGUGGUGGAUUUCGAAAAUCCCCCGAAAAACAGGGAAACCGAAUUAUUCAUGAGAAUCAUUUCCGACGUCCAGAACGGCGAGCCGCCCGAGUUCUACUCGGACCUCAACGGCUUUAGCAUGCAAAAGCGGAUCAAAAUCGAAAGAAUAGGCUUGGAAGGCAAUUAUUUCCCAUCGACGACGAUGGCGUACAUUCAGGACAAUAAAGUUCGGUUGAGCUUGCUGCUCAACCACGCGCAAGGCGUGGCGAGCUGGCAACCCGGCUAUUUAGAGGCCAUGCUCGACCGGAGGACUCUCUACGACGAUUCCAGAGGAAUGGGAGAAGGUUUGGUGGACAAUAGAAAAACCACCAGUAAAUAUUGGCUGCUAAUCGAAGAUAUAUCGCAAAUCAAAACGGACAAAAACCCACAACAAAACCGAUUCGACAACGUCGAAGAUCCUUACGAUAAAGAGGAUGUUGUAAGGUCCUUUAACGUCCCGACGGAAGCCACGGAGUCUUCGAAAACCGACGCCUUCUCCAGACCGUCGCUGUUCGCCAACCAUUUAUCCAACGCUCUGAACUACCCGGCGGGCGUUUUCAUCGUGGAUUCCGAGCACGAACACUCGAUAAGCAGCCUGAUCAAAUUCGUAAACAAACCGUUCCCCUGCGACGUGCACUUGUUGACUCUGCGCACCCAGCCUGACCCGGUGUACUCGCAGUUCCCGUCGCCCAGCGCGCUGAUGGUGCUCCACCGCCAGGGCCACGAAUGCCACGUUAGCGGCAAUUACACUUGUGAUAUAGAUAAGUUCGACGAAGACAUUAGUUUCGAAUUGGUGAGCGUGAGGGAAUUGGAAGCCAAAAGUUUGACCGGAUUGAAUUCAGUCGAGGGAUUGAAGAGGUUCGGAGACAUUCGCUUGGAUUCCAUGUCUUUGAAAACCGUUAACGUUACUUUCGGUUAG